AUGGCGUCGCCUCACCCCCUCGAGCCCCCUACCAACCACAUCGAUUCGGCCACCCCUACCACUCUCUCAGCAGAACGCCAGCCGCGCUCCAUCCCUACCCCUACCCCUUCCUCCUUCCCUAAAUCCCGCUACUACACUGGUCCUCCCUCCCCGACCUCCUCCCCUUACAACACCCCUCCCCCACCCAACCCACAAACACUCAUAGGCCACGUACCGCCACGCAGCAUAAUACGGAUCGAGCGCGACUACACCCACUCUGCAUCUCACGUCCCUCAAUUCUACUCUGCUUUCCCGCUAGAGCUGGACAAGAGGGUCAGCCCGACGGAGUGUACCGAGGUGGUGAAUGAUGUGAAUGAGAUGCUGGUCAAGGCGAAUAGCCCCUUAUGGGCAGGACUGGAUAAUGCGGCUGCGGUGUUUAGUUUGUGGGUAUGGCCUUUGGUUGGGGGAAGUCACUACGAGAGGUGCAUGGACAAGCUCACGGACCAAAUCGCAAAGACGAAUACGGAGCUACUCAACCCGCGAGGGCUCCACCUCAUCCAUCCAGCUCAUAGCGCCUUUCUCUUUCUAGAGAUCGAGUACUACUAG